CUUGCCAGACCCCGAACGCGACUACGUCAUCGAAGCUGACGCCAGCGACCAGGCAGUGGGAGCAUUCUUGAUGCAAGACCAGGGGAAUGGACUGCAACCAAUCGCCUAUCUCAGCAAGAAACUACACGAGGCAGAACUCAACUACCCGAUACAGGACAAGGAGGCCCUGGCUAUCAUCAUCGCCUUCAAAACGUGGAGAUGCUAUCUCGAAGGACGCAAGUCGACAGUCUACACCGACUAUUGCAGCCUAAAAUAUUUGAAGACGCAACCAAGCCUCUCCAGGCGACAGGUUCGGUGGAUCGACUUCCUCGAGAUGCACUUCCACUAUGACAUCGUGUAUUUGUCUGGCCAUAAAAACAAAGCCGAUGCUCUUAGCCGGCCUGCACACGUUGCCGCUAUCCAAGUUGAAGGGAUGAAUGCACUCCUCAAGGGACUCUUCACACACGGGUACACCAUCGACCCCGAAAUUCCCUUCGCAGAAAAGCGACAUCUGCUACAGUGGGACAACGCCAUCGCAUACCGGAAAAGAUCAACGAAGAUCUGGGUACCUAAUUACCCUCCAUUGCGCCAGUUACUACUCGAAGAAUACCACGACGUCCUGUACGUAAGACACUUCGGUAGCAACAAGACGCUCACCGGUAUCGCCAAACACUACUACUGGCCCCACAUGGUAGAUGACGUACAGAAAUUUGUCACCUCGUGCACUACAUGUCAGCGGAUGAAGAGCAGCAAGCAGAAAAAGGCGGGUCUACUAUUGCCUCUUCCUGUCCCAGAACAGCCAUGGCAAGUGGUCAGCCUAGACUUCAUCACCGGGCUACCAACUACCACAAGCGGUCAUGACACGAUCCUCGUCGUCAUUGACAAGUUCUCCAAAAUGGGACACUUCAUCCCGACACACACGACAGCACGCAUCGAGGAGACGGCACAACUCUUUGUUCGCUACAUCAUCUCACAACAUGGCAUUCCAACCACACUCAUCUCCGACCAAGACCCUAAGUUCACCAGCAAAUUCUGGAAAGAACUGAUGUCUCUGCUCGGGACCAAACUCGCCAUGUCAUCCGCCUACCAUCCACAGACAGAUGGACAGACCGAGCGCCUCAACCAAAUUGUGGAGCAACUCCUCCGCGCAGCCUGCAAGGACGAAAUCUCCAAAUGGGACUUGCAUCUGCCCGUCCUGGAGUUUGCCUACAACAAUGCUACUCACGCGGCUACUGGACAGACGUCGUUCUUCCUCUGUUACGGACGCCACCCACUCACACGUCAACAGCCAAACAUACCAGCCACAGUCCAACCCGCUCAUGAUUUCAUCAUGACUAUGCACAAACUAUGGGAUCGGACCCACAAGCGCCUUCUCGACAUUCAGCAACAACAGAAGCGCCAGGCCGAUUGCCACCGCACAGACCACACCAUCACCGUGGGAGAUCGAGUGCUGCUCAACACGCGCAAUCUUGACAUCAACCAUCUCCCAUCCAAAUUGCGACCUCGCUUCUGCGGGCCUUUUCUCGUUGAAGCACAGGUUACUCCUGUUACCUUCCGCUUACGUCUGCCAGCUACCUGGAAGAUUCACAAUGCCUUCCAUGUCCAACUCUUGAAGCCCUACCGAGAUCCCAACGCGAUCUUCUCUGGACGCCAACCGCCGCCGCCGCCGCCCGUCCUCGUCCAUGAUGAACCCAAGGAUGAGGUCGAGUCCGUGCUUGCUCACCGCCGUUGACGGAAUGGCAACGUGGAGCUUCUC